AUGGCUGGGGAAAAUCGCUCCACCGUAUCCGAGUUUGUCCUGCUGGGACUCGCCGACUCCCGUGAACUGCAGCUGGGCUUCUUCGUGGUCUUCUCCACAUUCUAUGUAGCCAUCGUGCUGGGCAACCUCCUUGUCAUCCUAGUCGUGACCACCGACCCUCGCCUGCAUUCACCUAUGUACUUUCUGCUCGCCAAUCUCUCGUUCUUUGAUGUGUGCCAGGCCUCCUUCGCCACCCCAAAGAUGAUCGCCGACUUCCUCUCGGAGCACAAGACCAUCUCGUACAAUGGGUGCAUCAGUCAGAUCUUCUUCAUCCACCUCUUCACUGGUGGGGAGAUGGUGCUGCUGGUGGCCAUGGCCUAUGACCGCUACGUGGCCAUCUGCCAGCCCCUGCGCUACGUGACCAUCAUGAGCCGACAAUUCUGCACCAUCCUGGUGCUGAUUUCUUGGGCUGUUGGCUUUGUGCACACCCUGAUCCAGUUGUCCUUCACAAUCCACCUGCCCUUUUGUGGCCCCAAUGUGCUAGACAGCUUCUUCUGUGACCUCCCUCGGGUGAGCCAGUUGGCCUGCAUGGAUACCUAUGUCACGGAGCUGUUGAUCGUGGCCAAUAGCGGGCUUCUCUCUCUGAGCAGCUUCCUCCUCUUGUUCAUCUCAUAUGCGGUCAUCCUGGCCACUCUCCGGCUCAAGUCGUCGGCUGCAAUGGCCAAGGCCCUCUCCACUCUGGCCGCCCACAUCACCGUGGUGAUCCUGUUCUUCGGGCCGUGUGUUUUCAUCUACGUGUGGCCCUUCAGCACCUACCCUGUGGACAAGGUACUGGCCGUGUUCUACACUGUGGCCACCCCCAUCUUGAAUCCCGUCAUCUACACGCUAAGGAACAAGGACAUGAAGGCAGCUCUGAGACACCUGAGGACCCGAUGUCUAUGGACUAGGAUAGUAGUUGAGACCUCCCAGGUCACGAGGAUCGUCUCUUAUUGA